AUGUCAUCAGCCCUCCUGUGUUUCCUCCUGGCUGCUCCAGUGUUGCUGGUUGCCGGCAGCCCAGUCAACACACCCAACAAUGGGACCGUACCGCUGGUGUUGUGGCAUGGGAUGGGUAAGGGACUGCACCACACAAACAUCUUACAUCUUAUCUUAUCGUAUCUUAAACACUUUUUCUCCUCCAAAAGUGAUGCCUCUGAAGCCCUAAGAGCCUUUGCUGAUGCUACACUGCAGUUAAAAUGAUAAUAAAGCAAAUAUUUAUGCCUUGUUCAGGGGACAGCUGCUGUAACCCGCUCAGCAUGGGGUCCAUUAAGAAGAUGGUCGAGCAGGAGAUCUAUGGCAUUUACGUGCUCUCUCUGAUGAUUGGAGGAAACGUUGUUGAGGUACUUUAAUGCAGAAAAACAAUUCAAGGUGAAAGAAAUCCCAAUCUCUGAAGAUAACACUUAUUUUGUCUAAAUUUGGAAAAUACAGACGCUGUAAGAUUUGUUUCUGUGUGUGUGUAUGUAAACAUAUAUUUAUUUAUUUAGAUUUAUUUAUUUAUAUUUAUAUAAAUGUGAACCAACCAGUCAUGUAACUGCCGCAGGAAGUGAAGAUAAAAAGUUGAACUAAAAUCAGGAGUAAUUAAAAGUGCAUAAAUGAGACAGAGUUAAAAACAGGCUGAAGUCAGAAUGACGACUCCAAUGGAAAGCCUGCAUCACUCUGACAAAGUGGAGGCGAUGAUGUGGUUUGCAGCAGCAGUCCUGCCUCUUUGAUUGAUACAUCCACAUGACUUGUAAGGAUUCCUAUUCUGUGACAUUUGCAGUCCUGGUAGCAGAGGUUACAUCAGAAAAAUGGCUCCUUUACUACUCCUCUGUGUCAAUUCUCAGCGUUAAUAUUCAUAACAAGCCGGCGUGGACUCUGCCGCUUUCUGCUUUGAUGUGUCGCAACACCGCGGCGCCACACGGUGCUGGUUUUCUUCUUUUUAAUCCGCCUGUCAUGCUCUGAACUUUUCAUGUCUCUCCUCUCUCAGGACACAGAAAAUGGGUUUUUCAUGGACGUGAAUAAGCAGGUGUCCAUGGUGUGCAGCCAGCUGGCCCAAGACCCAAAGUUGAAGGGAGGAUAUAAUGCUAUGGGCUUCUCCCAGGGGGCUCAGUUUCUGUAGGUGACCACUGUUCUGGACACUGUACGGCUUUGUUAAGUCAGUUUAAAAGAAAUUGGGGAUAUUCUGUGUUUGUAUAGUUUCCAUUCUUGCCAGAUUCUCCUUCACAGUGAAUGAAAAUAUAAAGAAAUACCAAUAUCCCCUCUGUUUGAGAGAGUCAGGGUUUUUUUUUUUUGUUGAAGUCGUGAACCUGCUGCCUCUGUUGGAGCAUGUUUUAUGUUCAAAGUUAUUCUCCCGACAAAAAUGAGGAAGCUCACUUUGAUUCUUUUGGUUCCUCUCCUUACAGACGAGCUGUGGCUCAGCGCUGUCCCUCUCCGCCAAUGAAAACCCUCAUCUCUGUUGGUGGUCAGCAUCAAGGUAACAUUAUGAAGGAAAAAGAGGACACUAAUGCAGCCGACUUCCCUUUGUAGAGUUUUUUUGUUUUGUUUUGCAGAAGCAGCAUCUGAAUUUUCAGCUGAUUUCCCCUAACAGUCUUAUUCUUUCGAUUUUAGCUGCUUUUAAAAUGACAUUAUGAGUUCUUAAUUCUGUAUAAUUAAAAAAAAAACAUGUACAACAACACUAAAUUUACCAAAAAAAGAAAAAUUAUAGCUUUAAAAAUUGUUCUGCUUCUUUUAUUCAUCUUUAAACAAUAAGAGAUGGCCGUUGCUUUCCUCUAGAUUGAGUUUUGGUGUCAAAUAUGGUGCUGAAAUCCUCGAUCUAUAGCUAUAAUACUGCGCAAAAGUGGAAUUUAACUAUUUUAAUAUUAACAUAUUUCAUGGUAAUAAAAAGGCUUAGUUUUUAACACUGAAGUUAGACUAGAUGUUCCCACAGAGAGAAAAAAAUCCUGUUUUUAAUGUUUGUUGGAUCAUCAUUUGCAGAUGAUCUUAAUCAUAUUUUAAAGGUCAAUACUUCCAAAUACUAUUCAUAUAUACUAUAAAGCCUACUUUACUUGUCGGUCAAAGCACUUUGUAAACCACUGUUUCUAAAGGUGUUUUUAUGACUAUUAUUAAUGUUAUUAACAGACUUCUCUCUGUGUUGUUUUCUCUAAUCCCUCAGGUGUGUACGGACUGCCCAGGUGUCCCGGUGAGAGCUCCCACAUCUGUGACAUGAUCCGCAAAGCUCUAAAUAACGGAGCGUACACUGACCUGGUCCAGAAACAGUGAGAUGUCUUUGAUUUCUCCUCUUUCAUUAAUAGUUAAUGUUUUUUAAUACCUGUAUAGACUCGUUUUUCCUAAAGCUCUGACUCUGUGUGUUGUUUGUGUGUCUCAGUCUGGUUCAGGCGCAGUACUGGCACGACCCUCUAAAUGACGACCUCUAUAAGAAGUACAGUCUGUUUCUGGCCGACAUCAACCAGGAGAGGGUCAGUAUGAGAGCAGAGCUCACUGUCUUGCUGUAAAUGUUGGAAUAAUUCAAUAUAAAUGUGAAAAAGUAGGUCAGACGUCAGGGGAACUGGGAUUUUAGUUUAUAAUUAACUGUAAAGUAAGUGUUCAUCAACUUGAAGUGAAAAAGACUGUCAGGUUUCACUUUCACUUUCAAGAAAUAUGAGGAGUUUUAUUCACCUCCUUUGAAUCAUAACUCCCACAGUCUGAAUAAACUCCGUCAUCAGUCAGACGUUUAAUGAUUUGAUGUUGUCUUCUCUCUAAAGGGCGUAAAUGAGACGUAUAAGAAGAACCUCCAGCUGCUGGAGAAGUUCGUCAUGGUCAAGUUCCUGCAGGACACUGUGGUGGAUCCUGUUGAUACCGAGGUGAAACACACGACUCAUCUUAUCAGUUUGAAACACGAGGAAAAUCUGUCUUUUGAGAAACUCUUCUUUUAUAUAUAUAUAUAUGUUAACACUGAAGCAGCAUCAAACACUAUUUAAUCUCAUUUCACCCUGUAGUGGUUCGGCUUCCUGAAGACCGGUCAGGCCAAAGAGAUGGAAACACUGCAGGAAAGCGUUCUCUACAAAGAGGUAAACGUUAUGAAUCUUUUAUGAGGAAUUAUUAAAUAUUUUUAAUGGUUUUUUUUGGCUUUUCAUGCUCUUUAAUACAACAGAAUAUCACGGCCACAUUAAAGGAAAAACAUUUUUAUUCAGUAACUUUAUUCUAAUUGGAGCGGAAUUAUGAAGUACUAUUGAAACAAGGUACUCAAGGUUCCUCAGUUUGGCUCAGACAGGUGGACGCUCACAGUUAACAAAAACUACAAUUUUAUCAUGACUUUAUUAAAACUUCUAAAUGAAGGAUUAUGAUUUGAUUUUUUGAUUUUAUUCUCAUGAGAAAAUGAUUUACAACCUUUAACCUUUAACCUUUUAAUGCCUGAAACCGAAAAAUAUGGCCAGAAAAUUCAAGUUUUUUGGAACUGAAAUGUUGAUUUCACUUACUACUGAAAACCAAAAAAUUCAAAAUGUCCUUAAAAUUUAAAAAAUAUAUUUAUUUAUCUUAUUUGAUAGAUUAGAUGUUUUUGGAAACUGAUAAAGUACAUGAAGACAUUUUUAUCCUAUAUCCGACUGUAUUCAGGUGGUUUUUUUUAGUAAUUUGUUGAUCAUAUCGAUUUGAUGGUAGUAUAUAAAAGUAUGUAUCAAAUAUGAUAGAAAAGGCAAUAAAGGGUUAGGGGAGACGAGCAUGACAUGCCUCUUUCAAACCAAAAUAUGUCCUUAAGCGUUUUCUGGCCCACAUUAGUGAACAAGUAGACUGUGACUGUCUCGUAAUUUGACUUCAAUAAAUUGUAAAUAUUGGUGAUGCUUUAGAGAUCUGCCUAAAGUGUAAAUUUGCUGUGAUGCUGUUUUUCCUUGCUUUACCUCUUUGUGCUAUUUUUAAUCAAAUAUAGAAAGUAUUUAGUCAUUUUCGUACUUCAUCUGAUGCUCUAGAAAAGUAAAAAAAAAAAGCUUUAUUCACUUCUUCAAACUCUUGGAGUAUCUUCCUCUGAUAGUUUCUAACCAAGCUGCGUCUCUAUUCCACUCGCAGGAUCGUCUGGGUCUUGCAGCGAUGGAUAAAGCAGGAAAACUAGUCUUCCUAGCAAGCGAGGGAGACCACCUGCAGUUCACCAGGGAGUGGUUCACCGCGAACCUGCUGCCUUAUCUUCGCUGA